AUGGCAACGGCUCCGCAGCAGGCACGGCUCUCCAGCACGGACCGGCGUGCCCAGAGGGAGUGGGUGCUCAAGAUCAAAGAGACGAGCAACAUGUUGUACCGCAGUGCUGCGCAGGCGCAACGCAACUUUGACCAGUACCUAACCGCCAUGGAGUACGUGGGGGCAAUGUACAAGGACUACGGUGAGCUGCUCAGCGCAGCCCAGAACAGCUUCCUUAACGUGCAGUCGGAGGUGGAGGGUGUCGGGGAUGUUAAAAAAAUCUGUGCCCGCCUCCACAUCGCGAUUCACAGGUGGGAGCACAGCGAGGAGCUCUACGCCGUGCGCAACCACCUUCACCUGCAGACGCAGAUGUUAAAAGCGCGCAGCGACCACUCGUCGAGGGUGCUGCAAGAGUGCAUUGAGCGUGAUGAGUUGAUCAAAAGGCACAGUGAAAAGAGUGCUCUUCUUGCGAAAAAGUUGCGCAAGCAGAGCUCCGAGGUGGACAAGCUGCAGAAGGAGUGCAAUAAACUCGACGGGAAGAUCGCCAAGCGGAGUGACGUGGCCCAGAGGGAUUUGGACGCCAUGGCCGUGAAAUCCACGGCGACAGUCCUGUCGCUCAUCUCACAGUUCUUCAAGGUCAUGCAUAAAAACGGUGCUUUCAUUGUUGAUCGCUUCUCGCCUGAUCGCGCUGGCGUGGGAGAGCACGAUCUUGUCACUGACACCGAUGACGCCGUCACUGGUACUCUGAGGCGCCUUCACAGUGUGCGCAGCGAGAUGUCGUCCGUUGCACCAAGUGCGGUGUACGGCCAGAACUACAACACCUUUCAUCCCAGCGAGGCGGACACCCGUGUCUCGGACGGCGCGCGCAACUCCGGCAUUCCGCUCCGGUAUGCGGCGAGCGUGCCACCGGCAAUGUCAGCGUAG